AUGGAUCUCAACGGAUGGAUGCUGGCCCCGAAUCUUAACUGUCAGCGCGACGAGUACUCUCCCGCCGGCAUCUGGAAGCAAAACAGAGGUGCCGGCCAACUCCUCAAAGACGUCUGUUCCACCGCCCAGCACAAAAUGUCGCCCGAGCAAGGCAAACACCUGUUCAAGGCCGUGCGGAACUGCAAGCGCGUUGAUUCAAAGUACAUUGUGACACGAACAGCCACCACCAGGGUGAUGAGGAUGAGGUUCGUCAACAUGCCCAACCUCGCCGACGACGGCAUCCCGGACAACCCGUGCUUUCCCAAGACCCUCCUUGACGACCCGGGCUUCGCGCUCAUGACAAACGACCCCUGCUACAACACCCAGCCGGCCAGCAAGAGGAACACGCGACUGUACCGGAACGCCUCGGCGGCCAACAUCCUCUUAUUAAGGUAG